UUACUGACGUAGUAGCGUUAAAUUUGAAAAGGUUCUUCUUAACUGCCGAUGUAUGCUACAGUGAGAGACACAUUUUCGACAUAGACCGGGUUAUUAGAGUUCAUCAUGGCACCGAGAAAACGCACACAGAAUGCUAAAAACAAGAAGAAUUCCAAAACACCGAAACUGGAAGCUUUUCUGCUAGAUUUUGACAAUGAAGUUCAUACCAUUGUUGAAAGACUGAAGGAGAAGUCGAACAAUCUUCUGAAAGAUGCAGACAACCUUUACAAGACCGCUCUGAUAAAGCUUCCCAUGGCAGUGAGGAAAAUGAACUGGAUCGAGUUCUGCAAUGUAGAGAAGCCAAAGUCACCAGUGGAUGAUUCAAAGGUGAGGGAGGAAGCUGCUCAAGUGGAGCUUGCUAUUGCUGAGAAUCAUGUGAUUCCCAAGUUUGCUGCCAAAGAAGCCAAGAAUGGUGCAAACUCAGAAGAUGAAAACGUGGCACCCCUUAAGUCUGCUGUCAAAAAGAAGAAAGCAUCAAAGAAGGCACCUUCUACCUCAAAGAAGGCCAGAGCUCUCUCCAUCAGCAAACAGAGCAACACCAUCCAAAGGUAA